CAGCUACGCUACUUACUUUUAGCACCUUUUAUUUAUUUAGCACACUUCACACAGUAAACAGUGUUUCUGUCAUAUUUUAGGCUACAAGAAUAAAUAAGGUAAUUUGUGAGUAUUCUAACCAUUUGAUAGUUUGUUACUUUUUGUUUCCAGUAGGCACUUAUAGUCACGGCUCUAUCAACGAUAUCCGUGCAGUACUUUUUGAUAAUCUAGUUCAAGUUGGGACAAAGUUUAGAAAAACCCUGAAAUUUCAGAAUACAUGCUAACAAUUCAGCCUACUGAGGAUCAAACUCUAAAAAAUGAACUCGACCAGAGCAAUAGUGUUGCGGAGAAUUCGUCAGAAAUAAUAUAUCUUGACACUGAAUUAAUAAGCUCAAGUUUGUGCUGUGUAAAUGAAACAAUCGAUGGGUUAUCAUAUGCUCCAGCUAAAUUUAUUUGCAAUGACAAAUCGCUGACGAAUAUUGACUUGCUGAAACGGUUCAUAUUUUUGCGAUAUAUUAACAUUGGAUUCAAUCGUCUGACUAAUUUAAGACCAUUGUAUGGUUUAAUCAAUCUCAUUGUAUUAAGAGCGUCACAUAAUGAAAUAGAAGAAUUUCCAUGUGGAAACUGGCCCACGUUAACGCACUUGGACUUAAGCCAUAAUCGUAUCAAAAAGCUGACAACCGUAAAUUAUCCAAGAUUAUUGGUUCUGUUCCUUGACUAUAAUCAGUUACGAAGACUAACCAGUCAAAAUGAUGGAUCAUGUUAUUUAAAUGAUUACAGUGUACCAAAACUACAUACUCUUGGAUUAUCAUAUAAUUUAAUUGAAGCAGAAGAUAAUACAACAAAUAAUUCUAAUGUCAAUAUACCAACAAUUGGAUUAGAAUUAAAGAAUCUUAAAGCCUUAUAUCUUGGUUAUAACAAAUUAAUUAGUUUUGGAAAUUAUAAAUUAAGUGGAGAAAAUGUACAAAAAUCAUCCAAUGAAUUACUAGAUGUUAUUGAUAAUAAAAUAGAGCAAGACUAUAAUUAUAAUUCACUAAUUGGUCACCUGCCAAGUUUAUCUGUUUUACACAUACGAAGUACUGAAUUACUCAAUCUGGAUGGAAUAACACCUGAAUGUUUACCAAGAUUAGAGUAUUUGAAUGUUAGAGAAAAUCGAAUUGGCAGCUUAGAAGAAAUAAAAAAGCUAACUAGCUUCAAGUGUUUACGCACAAUAAUUUUAACAGAUAAUCCAGUUUAUGAUAUCAAAGACUACCGACUAGAAGUUCGCGUCUGUUUGCUGAAUUUAAGGCGGCUUGACAAAGAUAUAUAUACGACAGAAGAAAAUGAAGAAGCUGAUGAAUUAGCAAAGCAGAGGAUGGAGUCAACUUGAUUCUUUGGACGAACAUGGAUCAACUUCAUAGUGAAGGUUCUAACCUUCUCAAAGAACUACUUAUUAAGGAAAUUUCCCAAGCGUUUACAUGUUUAUUUGUACUCUAGGACUUCAAAUAUAUCUU